AUGCGCAGCGCGUUUGUCGCAAGUGCCAGCCACCAACUGGCGCCAAGAUUCUGCGUGCAGUCUCAUACUCUUCCCAGCGCGGUGACGAAUGAGACGGAAGCCGACGAAGCAGCGGAACUGGGCCCACUGGCUCGUCGCCUGGAAGAGGCCACGGAGGAAGCACUCUUCACUGGCGGUAGGGCAGGACGGCAGGCAGUGGAAGAUGCAGGAUUCUCAGAAGAUCUCAAAGCGAAGCUUAUGAGUAAAGUGGCGGAAGCGAAGUUCCAAAACGACUUUGUCGGUGCGCUGGCGGAGGCUGGUAUCACUUCAAAGGGCGAAAAGUCACCUGGCACCUCUUUUGGCGCAAAUCAAGUGUGGACAGGGGAAGAGCGGACCGAGGAUGUAGUGCUGCGGAUGCUGGACGACUCAAAGAAACCACUCAAGCCGGACUUACGAGGAAAUGCCCUAGACACACGGCUGAAGCGUAAAGCAGUGCUUAGUCCUGGUCAGAGAGCAGCUUCGGCACGGGAUAGAGCAUCCGCAUACUCGGGGAUGGGAAUGAAGGAAAGUCAGGGGCUUAGCGACAAGGAAAAAGAAGAGAUGAAGAAACAAUUUCGGGAACGGUUCCAGCCCGAGGGCCGGAUUGGACCAGUUUCUAUCUCGGCCAUUGCAUCAAUGGCCAACGAGCGUAUAGAGGAUGCCAUUGCUCGCGGCCAGUUUCAAAAUAUCCCGCGAGGUAAAGGGGUUGAGAGUGACUCGGGGGUGAAAAAUCCUUUUGUCGACACAACAGAAUACCUCAUGAAUCGACUGAUUCAGCGCCAGGACCUGGUCCCUCCGUGGAUCGAGAAGCAGCAAGAACUGGUGCGAGAGGCCAACACUUUUCGUGCGCGGCUGCGAAGCGACUGGAAACGGCACGCCGCGAGGAUGAUUUCGGCGAAGGGCGGGUCAAUGCUGGAACAGAUGCAGCGGGCGGAGCUGUAUGCAGCGGCGGAAAGGGUGCACAACCCGCGUCAGCGUGUCUCUGACCAGAUCGCCGUGCCAUCUGCGGUGACGGACGAUCCGGUCAUGUCGAAACAACUGGAGCAGGUCGAAGAGCUUGAGGAGGUGGCCACGAAAGCGUUGGACAGGGAGAGUGCCGCUGCGGGACGUUCGCCGACGCUGGACACUGGGCGACUUCCGCGACCCUUUCGAGACGCCGACUGGGAAAAGGCAGAGCAAAAGUACAUGACGCUGGCGAUUGACCGUCUCAACAGCCUUACGCGGAGUUACAACCUCAUGGCUCCGGAUCUGGCCAAGAAGCCGUAUUUCUCCCUGGCAAGGGAGCUGGCCGUGUGCUUUUCGACGGUGGCGCCGCUGCUGGCAAACGAGAUCAAGAACCGGGCGACGAGGGCACCGCCAUCGCGACUCGGGGGCGGAGGCCAGGCGGCCAGUGGAGGCAAUGUGAUGGCGGAUUUUGUGGGCAAGGAUGAUGCAAAGAUUCACGUGGAAGGAAACGAGAAGGCGUUUGGGCUGAAGGAGUGGUGGCGAGACUUUUGGAAGAAGUAG